AUGGCGUCACCGACACCGUUGUUGAAAGAUGAACUCGACAUUGUGAUUCCGACGAUCAGGAACCUCGAUUUCUUGGAGAUGUGGAGGCCAUUUUUCGAGCCUUAUCAUCUCAUCAUUGUGCAAGAUGGUGACCCUUCGAAGACGAUUAAGGUGCCGGAAGGGUUUGAUUAUGAGCUGUAUAAUCGAAAUGACAUUAACAGGAUUCUUGGUCCUAAGGCGAGCUGUAUCUCGUUUAAGGAUUCUGCAUGUCGGUGCUUUGGGUAUAUGGUUUCGAAGAAGAAGUAUAUCUACACCAUUGAUGAUGAUUGCUUUGUUGCCAAUGAUCCAUCAGGGAAGCAGAUCAAUGCACUUGAGCAGCAUAUCAAGAACCUUCUCUGCCCAUCAACACCUUUCUUUUUCAACACCCUCUAUGAGCCUUACAGAGAAGGUGCAGAUUUCGUCCGUGGCUACCCCUUCAGUCUCCGUGAAGGUGUACCGACUGCUGUUUCUCAUGGUCUUUGGCUCAACAUCCCUGAUUAUGAUGCUCCUACUCAGCUUGUGAAGCCUCUCGAGAGGAACACUAGGUAUGUGGAUGCUAUUCUGACCAUUCCUAAAGGAACUUUGUUUCCCAUGUGCGGAAUGAACUUGGCUUUCGAUCGUGAGCUCAUUGGACCAGCAAUGUACUUCGGUCUCAUGGGUGAUGGUCAGCCUAUUGGACGCUACGACGACAUGUGGGCUGGCUGGUGUAUCAAGGUAAUCUGUGAUCACUUAGGAUUGGGAGUCAAGACUGGACUUCCCUAUAUCUUCCACAGCAAGGCCAGUAAUCCAUUUGUUAACCUGAGGAAAGAGUACAAAGGUAUCUUCUGGCAAGAAGACAUCAUUCCAUUCUUCCAGAACAUUGUUCUUCCAAAAGAAGCUACCACUGUUCAGAAGUGCUACAUCGAGCUCGCCAAAGAAGUCAAGGACAAACUUAGCAAGAUUGAUCCUUAUUUUGACAAGUUAGCUGAUGCUAUGGUUACCUGGAUUGAAUCAUGGGAUGAGCUCAACCCAGCCGGAGCAUCAGCUGCCAACGGCAAAGCAUGA